CAUUGUGCGCAAAGGAGGCCAAGCAAUUCUCGGUCUGCAGGCGUGCGAGACCCUGGGGCUAGUAUCUCGGCAAGUACACAGAGUAUCGCAAAACAGUUCAGAAAAAGUUGUGAACGAAUUUCGCCACCUUUUUUCUGGCAUAGGCUGUAUCCAGCGCCACUAUCGCAUGGUCCUGCGCGACGGAGCUGUCCCAGUCGUCCAGCCGGCGCGUCGAGUACCACUGGCUUUGAAGGAGCAGCUUCGAGACGAGCUGGAGCGCAUGGAGCGGGAAGGCAUAAUCACGAAAGUGACGGAGCCUACUGAAUGGGAAAACAGCUCGUGCUCGCGGAUAUGCUGUCUCGAGCACCAAGCAGUCGGGGCACGGAUGCUGUAGACACCGCUGACGUAGAAGUGCACGCCGUGAGUACGGUAUCUUCAUUUAUCAGCGACGAAACAUGGAAGCGUCUCGCCGCAGAAACGGCCAAGGAUAGCUAUCUCAAAGUGGUGUUGCAGAACUUAAUAACGAGUGAACCAAUAGAUGGUCCGUUGAAACCCUUUUCAUCCGAGCUGUCUCAUAUUAAAGGUGUCCUAUUCAAGGGAUGCAAGGUCGUAAUGCCAAGCAGUAUGAGACGAGAGACUUUGCACAGGAUUCACGAAGGUCAUCUGGGAAUCGCCAAAUGCAAAGCUAGGGCUCGUCGUCUAGUCUUCUGGCCUGGCAUGAACUCGGAAAUCGAGGCGUUCGCUCAGAAGUGCGCCGCAUGCAAAAAGUAUGCGUACAAUCAGCCGAAGGAACCACUCAUGAUGCGUCCUGUUCCGGACCAGCCUUGGUAUCGCGUAGGAAUCGACAUCUUUCACUACGGCGGCAAGUCCUACCUGUGUAUCUAUGACGCCUUGUCUAACUUCCCAGAAGUAGAAUGCCUCCGAGACACUACAGCCAGGACCGUCGUUGACGCGACUAGUGCUAUAUUUGCUCGUUAUGGCAUACCAAUGGAGGUUCUUUCCGACAAUGGUCCCCAAUUUUCGAGCAGAGAAUUUGCCUUGUUUUCACGCACUUACGACUUCAAACACAUCACCUCAAGUCCGGGAUUCCCACGUUCCAAUGGGCUAUCCGAAAAGGGGGUACAGGUGGUGAAAAGACUGCUUAAGAAAACUACUGAAGCUAAACAGGAUUUCUGGUUGGCACUUUUGGCUUACAGGACUUCUCCCUUGGAGUGUGGCCGGGCGCCAGCAGAGAUCCUCCAAGGCCGCCGACUACGAACACUGCUGCCUGACUUCCAAUGUGGACCAGCCCACCAGGUCGUCAAGCAUCGUCAGCCUCAUACCUCUGCGCAGCCACUAGCAGCACUACACGAAGGCGAUGUCGUGCGAGUCCAGACCGGCACGUGGGCCACGAAAGCACAGGUUCUGAAUCCGUCAACGUACCCGAGGUCGUACCACGUCAUCACGCAGGAAGGGCGGUCCCUUCGGCGUAAUCGAAGACACUUGCUACCGACCGGGGAGACUUUCCGGCGCGACUUCAGUCCCAACGACGCGGAACCCGGGUGCUCGACAUCUGCUCAGCACAUCGAUGGUGAAGCGCCGACUAAUGGUGUUACAGAAGCCGCGGACAUAAUGAACAGUUCGCCGCCACCGCCAGCCAGCGUUACGACAACCGCGGACAUUUCGGACGGGUCGCCGCCAACGCCAGCACCGAGAAGGUCGCUGAGACAACCAAGACCACCACGACGACUGGAGUAUGAUCGAAACUUCCAGCAGAUUUCUUAA